AUGACCGGUUUUGCACAGGAAGAUACUGUGAAGCUUCUCGUCUUCUCCCUGGCAGUACAGAGUGAGACAGAGCUGGAGGCAUCCUCUGGGCAAGUGCGUGGUGGAACUCACCAGGAAGCUCAGCAAGUGGAGGUGAAAACUUACUGUGAAAAUCCACAACUGCAACUGGUAUCUGGAGAGGACCGAUGUGCCGGGAGGGUUGAAGUUUACUACAAAGGCAAAUGGGGGACAGUCUGUGAUGAUCACUUUGAUAUGAAUAGUGGCAGUGUUGUCUGCAGACAGCUUCAUUGUGGUCAAAUUGUCUCUGUCCUGGGACAGUCUUAUUUUGGCCCUGGAAAAGGAGACAUCCACCUGGAUGAUGUGGAGUGUAAAGGAACUGAAUCUCACCUUUGGGACUGCCAGCACGGCACCUGGAGCUCACAUAACUGUGGACACCAUGAGGAUGUCAGCGUCAUCUGUUCAGACCCCUUCGCUCCGUCCCUGCGCCUGGCAGACGGCGACGACCAGUGCUCGGGCCGCGUGGAGCUCUAUCACAACGGCAGCUGGGGAACGGUCUGCGACGAUGCCUGGGAGCUGGCGGACGCCAAGGUGGUGUGCAGGAGCCUGGGGUGCGGGGAAGCUCUGCAAGCUCUGUCAGAAGCCCGGUUUGGUCAAGGCUCUGGGAGCAUCCUCCUCGAUGACGUGCAGUGCGGAGGGGAUGAAGACAACCUGUGGGAGUGCUCCCAUGGAGGGAUCGCUGUCCAUAACUGCCAUCACAAAGAGGAUGCCAGCGUCAUUUGCGCAGGUGUGUAA